AUGCUCUUCCAUAGCCUGGCCAGCCAGGAGUUCCUCUGGGCCGGUGGAGCCCUUUCGGGAGUUGCCAUCCACCUAACACUCUUCAUCCGUGGCGAGUGGCAUGUUCACGCUCCAGAAAUCAUCUGUGCCUACGGCGCCCUCGUCGCUGUCUCAACCCUGGCCGGAAUCCUCUAUGAAGCUUCAAUCAUCGGGCAGGCACUCGCCUGCCACUUGCUAGGCCCUGCCGAGGUCACGGUAUUCCUCCCUGAGGCUCCCGACGUCAUGACAAGCCGCCACUCCAACUGCGUCAAAGCUGAAUUCUAUGAUCUGAUAUGA